UAUUCCUUGCUCCGCUGCAUGAGGUUGUAGUUCAGUUUUAACAUGAUCAGUGCUACGGCGUUCCUAUGGGACCGACAUUAUAUGAGAAGCGGUGGUUGCUUCAUCAAUUCAAUAGGUAGUUCUAAGAAUAAGGCGAAUAGUUUUCACCGCUUAUUGCACAGCUCUUUUCGAAUUGAGGAUACUGUCAGAACAUGGAAAACCACAUCGUUGUGCCUGUGAUAACAGAGUAUAUUAUUUAACGUGAUCGUAGAUGUUUCUAAGUCUUUAAGAUUUUUUCGAUUUGGCAUAACAAAUGUUGUCGGUCAUGCCCUGAUUGUAUUACUAGUGGGCUGGACUUUCAGUGAGUUAUUGAUUACCUAUAGUUGAAUAGUCAGACAUGCGUAUUGAGACACGGUCCAUUCGGGACUCGAACCCAUGACGGGCAUGAUGUUAUGAUGGGCAUGGAUAAAAAUAUUAUUAUUAAUAACAAUAUUAAACAUUAGUUACUCCUUCUUUUAUUUACAGAUUAUAAAGCAAAAAAUGUCGCAAGAAAACAAUGAAUCAACUAUAUAUGAAGAUAUAGAAUGGCUUUUAUCAGAAACCGAGUCGUUUGGAUCAGAAAAUGAUACCCGUUCGGAUACAGAAAAUAUCAAUAUAAAGCAAUGCGUUCCUCUUCAAUCUUUGAACCAUCCAUCGAAAAUAACGGUUCUAGAAAUUCAACCUAUUCCAUCGAUGACGAAACCUGUUCCAUCUAUUUCACUUCACUCCAGUCCAGCUAAACAACCUCUAGAUAAAGAUUGCUACACACAAACUUUUUCAAAAAAUGUGCUAUUUGCCGAAGAGAGUUCUACUUCCAGUAGUGGCUAUGACAAACGAACGUUUAUAAGUGUAGCAACCAACACGGAAGACAAAGAAAAUAAUGUGACUGAACUCAUAACCAAAAUCGAUGGCAUUGAAAAGAGAUUAGACAAUCUGGAAGAUAAUAUGAAUCGUAAAUUGGACCAUGUUUUGAGAGCAACUGCGCGACAGUCUGUUAUAUUAGAAGAUUUGGUCAAAGUAAGUCGUCCUAUGGAAGGUUUACUUCCAAGGACCGAUUUCACGUUUGUGGCGAUGAAAUCAGAAGAAGAAUUGCAAAAUUUGGAAGAACUACUAGAAAUUGAUGCUGAUUAUAGAUUAAAACUCAUCAGAUGGUUGCAACUUCAGAUAUCUCGUGAAGAUAUUCCGAAUCGUAUUCACGAUUUAAUUGAUUUACUCUUUUCUAAACCAUUUUUUGCAACACUCAAUUGGACAGGAAUUAGUAAAAAACAAGGCAUUACAAAAAUAGGGUUAAGUAAAUUUAAAUAUGUAAUAGAUUUAUUUGUAGAAAUAGCAUGUAAUCGAAAUUUAGUUGUAGAUAGAAAAUAUGUGGCAACAGUUUUAAGUAAAAAAUUAAGUCAUGCAUCUGAUAGAAUACACCUAGACGAUAGCAAAAGAACUUCAUGCCAUACAUCAAGAUUAUUUAAGUAGUUUGUACAGCGUGUGUACAUAA